UCUGCCAUUGCCAUUGUCGAGAGAGAGAGAGAGAGAGAGAGAGAGAGAGACCUAAAGCAGGGCUUCGGGGGUGAAAUUGUGAUGAGAGCAGCAGAGUGCGAAGGACGAGCUAAGUUGGUGUGCGUUUGAGGGAGGAGGAGUUGUCGUCGAGAGGCAUGGUGUAUUGGGUGCGAGCUGCAUCGAGGUUGAGAAGCGCGGCCCAGAUCAGGCAGCAGGUCUCGAUUCUGGCAAGCAGCACUGCGAGGAUUGCGUCUCCUUCUUCGUGGAGGAAGUUGAGCGCAUGCCGCGGUGAGCAGCGGCGGACGAUGUCGAUGUCGAUGCCAAUGCCCAGGGCUGCAAUCGUGCGCAGCGUGCCGGGCACAUUCGCCGACGCGCUGGCCAUGGAGAAGCCCGCGGACCCGAUCGACGUGCAGCUCGCGAAGCAGCAGCACCGCGAGUACGUGCAAGUGCUCGAGGGCUUGGGGCUGCAAGUGAUCGAGCUCGCGGCGGACGAUGCGUUCCCGGACUGCCCCUUCGUGGAGGACACGGCGGUGGUGCUAGGCUCGCGAGCCCUGAUCACGCGCCCGGGGGCUGCAUCGAGGCAGGGGGAGGAGGUGCCGGUGAAACAAGCCCUGGAGCGCUUGGGGCUGCAGACCUCGCAAGCCCAAGCCCCGGCGCAAAUCGACGGCGGCGACGUGCUCUUCGCGGGGGGCAUGCUCUUCGUGGGGCAGAGCGCGCGCACGAACGUUGAGGGCUUGCAAGCCCUGGCCUCGGCGUUUCCCGACGUGCGCGUGGUGCCUGUGCGGGUGCCUCGGAGCUUGCACCUCAAAACGGUCCUCUCGUGCGUCGCCUCGGAUGUGCUUGCGGUCGAGGACAGCCCCGAGGCCCGAGCCAUGUUCGCCAGCAUUCAGCGCGAGGCCCCGUUUCUCAAGUCCAUUGCCGUCUCCCCUGCCGGAGCUGCCAACACAGUGCUGCUCGGAGGAGGUACGGUGAUCUAUCCCAGUGGCUAUGGCAGGUCCUUCGAGUCUGUCUACGAGCCGUAUGCCGAUCGUGUCAUCCCGGUGAACAUUUCGGAGUUUCACAAGGCCGAUGGCGGGCUCACUUGCCUCUCAAUCUUCGUUCCAUGAGUACCUGAACCGUUCAUGAUUCCGUCGAUCCUUUCCUCCAUCUCCCCCUCGGCUGUCGGUCGAUCCAUUCAUCUGUUCUGAUUGGGUUGCCCCUCUCCUCGGCACCCAUUAAUGGCACUGUGAACUUACUCGAGCUUCAUUCAGCCGAGGGAGAGUAGACGAUGAGGAUCCGACCUGCGUUUCUGGUUGACGGUAGAGCCUGACAUUUCAAGCUCGGCAAUUCGGAAGACCUUCGAAGCUGAUGCGUUGAAGUUGCACAUGGUCCAACUUCAUUCAAUGCACGAGUGAAUUCGAGAGUGAGACACUGGUGAGACAAUCCAUGGAGGAACAACCUUGUGAGAAGUGGGAAUGCUUGUACAGACACAGGCCGGUGGAAUCAGGAUCGAGAACUGAGUCUUAAUUUAUUAAAGCUGGCUUCAUCUACUCUCGACUUUGCCUCUUCAUGAGUCGAUGAUGAUAAGGGUAUUCCCUCCGUAAUUCUUCGUCGCUGGGACGGUAGCAUUCGUCGCUUACCCUCCUCAAUCAGCAUCGAGGAGGCUUAAGACAACGAUGCUCGAUUGUAUGCAAUACUAAAAUUGUGAAGAUCAGCAAGCCAAGCAGAAUAGGCACAGAAUUGUCGCCGCUCUGAGUGUGAGCUCUAGUGUGUCGAAUCGAUUUGAUCGACACAUCAACCGAGACUGGACAACUCUCUCAUACUUAAGUCUUCAAAAGAAGUCAAAACACCUCCCGAGGCCACUGCCGAUUUCUUGUCCAACAAGGUCAAACAUCUACUGGGGCAUUUCUCCCAGGGAGGGUCAGUCGCCUCAGACUCGGGACAUGACAGGCUUGGUACUGCCUGAUGGAAGCUUAUCUGCCCGAAGCUGAAGAUCAUAAUUGUCAAAAGUCUGAGUCUGCUUGUCCUGCUUGGGGAACUUACUGAGCCUGACUAGCGUUUCCAAAGCUUUUUCAUUUCGUGGAUGUGGCUGACCCUUCCUGAUGCCUUGUCUUGGUUCAAAGACAUCGUUCAACUAGUUCUCGUCGAAACACGAUCCAUAGAAUCCUGCAGAUCGGGUACAUAGAUGCAGUCGUCAGUAUCUGCCUGUGGUAGUUUAUGAUCGUCAGACACUCUUUGAGAGAUUUGAGUUCAAUUCUAAGCUCUAUUUCGAAAACUUUUAACGGAUCCCAUGAGGCU